AAACUUCUCGGUGCCAAAGAUUGGGGCAGACACGGUGACAUCAAGCCAGAGAACAUUCUUUGGUUCGAAAACUACAACAACAAGCAAAACCAUCUUGUCAUCUCCGACUUCGGCCUGACCCAGUUCAACAGCGCCCACUCUCGUUCCAAGGUCCAGCAAGGCCAGAUACAAGGGUUUUCGGGCACCUAUCGGCCACCAGACUUGCACAUUGAAGACCAACCGAUUUCUCAAAACUACGAUGUUUGGUCUCUAGGAUGCGUGUUCCUCGAGUUUGUAUCUUGGUUCCUCCUCGGUCACGAUGAGGCAGUUUUUACCUUUGCCGACGAACGUUUGCGCGACGAGCCAAAGGGGACCAUUGAGGAAGAUACGUUUUUCAUCUUUGAAAAUGGUCAGGAAAGCACGCCAAAAGAUGCUAAACUGAAGAAAUCGGUAGUGAAGUGGAUUUACAAGCUGCACAAGAACCCUCACUGCUCCGGCCUUCUUCACGCACUCUUGGACUUGAUCCAGUUCACGAUGCUGGUCCCGAGCUCCAAAGAUCGAUGGAAGACAGAUUUGCUCUAC